GUGGUUCCUUCUUCUCUGUCGUUGUUCUGUGCGCGUGAGGUAGCCGUUCCCAGCGACAUCCACAGCAACGCCUCCAUCAUCAUCUGAAGAGAGAAAACAAAACAAGUGGACAUCUUCAUCUUCUGUUGCUCCACAUGCCGUGCGGCGUAUCUCGCAGUGCGGAGGACCACGGCAGUGGUUUCACUGCACCACAUAUAUCGACCUACGACCGCGCAGGCGAACGUCUACACACAUACGCACACGUUCAAAAAAAACGACUGCAGCAGAUCCGUCAGGCACAGAGCGCCGUCGAUGCAGCCCGUCUUUUUCACCCUCACAUCAGCGAGCUCGCACGCAGCCCGUGCUUAACGCGGGCGCCUCUCUACGCGGCAUCGAAGAAAACCGCUUCGACUUCUUCUGAGGCCGCUGGCGCUUCUCCAUCGCCUUUCGCAGCUGCGCAAAUGUCUCCUGCACACUGGGACAGCUUUCUUUCGCGCAGCGCCGCGCACGAACGUCACCGCAGCGCGCGGUUGCGGGAGCUGAAGUUGCAGACAGCCGAGGAUGCCGUGCGAGAGUGCACGUUCCGGCCGAGAGUAGGAAGACUGCCCGAGGAAGCGGUUGAUCAGGCGGAUGCCCCUUCACCGCGAGUGCUGGAUCAGUUGGGCAAUGACGCAGUGGCGCAACAGUGGAUGAGAGAUUUGGAAAUCUUCAAUAGGGAGAUGGAGUUGUUGAAGGAGGAGCUGACAAGUCUGAGGCAAGUGGGGCAAACGCGCCAUACAGAAUAA